GCCUUGCAGGCAGCAACCACGGCGGUGACGGCGGCGGGUUUGGAGGUGUCGCUGUCACGAGCUCCUAAGCAGGAUCUCUGCCACCAGGUGCUGCCCUGGCUGCUAAUUGGUGGCUGGGCGGCACUUGGCCGCGACUGCGACGAGCUGCGCCGACGAUCGGUGACGCACGUCGUCUCCAUUAUUUCGGCAGACCAGCGGAAACUGCCAGAGUUCGUGCAGGGCCACCUGCACAUCUUUUCCUUCGACAGCGAGGAUGCCGCGCAGAAGCUUGGGGAGCGCUUCCCAGACAUUUGCCGCUUCAUCGAUGGAUGCGGCGAGCGUGGCAAAGUCUACGUCCACUGCGGCGCAGGUAUUUCUCGUGCGCCCACUGCUGCGGCCAGUUACAUCAUGUGGAAGCUUGGCGUUUCUGCUGCUGUUGCCAUCCGACUAAUUCGAGCCGCUCGCCCCUGCAUUCGCCCGAACGUGGGCUUCGUAAGGGAACUGCAGAGAUGGGAGAAGAAGAUGACAGAGCUAGAAGGAUUUGCAUCGUGUGCACGUGCGGCAGGCAGCAGGUUGGCUGUCGCCGGUUUGUGUCAGAAUUCAUGA